AAAAAAAGAACUUUAACAAGAUAUGGGUAGUGACGACGAUUUGUUUGUAUCCCGGUCGAGGUCCUGUUUAUUUUUAUUUCGCCUUUUCAAUCGCCAAUGACAUUCGCGUUGGGGAAACACUUUAUUGAGCGCACUGAAAAAGUAGAAGGAAGGGAAGAUGUUUUCAUCUACUCGACAACGUGGUGGAAUGCUAAGGGGAUUUUGAUUUCAAAGAUCAAGGCGCUUUUUCUCGAUGGUACCUCAGAUCCUACGAACCCGAAGCGCGAUACAGCGUAUGUCGUAAAAAACAGUGUUUAAACAAUCCCAUUGUAUACUGCCCAACAUGGAAUUGAGCGAAUACCCCUCCUGCAAUGGCGCUGGCAAAUUUACAUCAGAAAAUUGGAGAUAUGAACUCGUUUAGCGGUUAGAGCUCUUACCCACCCCAUCGCCCUUAGCAUGCGAGUGCAGCGGGAGGUUGCUCGGCGCGAGCUUUCGGAAAACAGAGUGAAAUCCCGUGCGGGUUGAAUCGCCACACAUUUCAUUCCACCGUGGUGGGGUUUCAACAAUGCGGACGGGGGGGAUACUGCACAACCCAACGGUUCGGUCUCUGCUAAGAAAAAAGGUUGAAAAAUAAUCACACCAAACUCUUGGGAGGCGCAGAGUCUGACCACGUGUACAAUUAGUUGAAUCACCCGUAUUCUCACACGAAUCUUCGAUAGGGUUGCACAUGAAGUGCACACCGACAACGUCCGCUUUGUCAUAGGGCUUUAUGUAAAGAGCCAUACCGAGGAGGUGUCUAGUAUGUAGAUUUUUAUCGUGGCCAUUUGCCGCGAGGUUCAAUCUAGGAAAUGAACUCCAGGAAAGCGUUUACUUUAAAGACACUAAAAAAUAACGGCAACAAAAUGGGAACAAAAUCACACGAAUAAAUUCUAACUUAGCAUCGUCACUCAUUUUAUUCUUUCCACCGAAAAAAUAAAAUGAUCGAUUAUAUUUAAAAAUAUAUACUAAGCUCCACCACCUGUUACGCUGUUCUGUAUUGACGUCGUUGUGGGUACCCCAUCUAUCCCCAUAUUCUCCCCUUGUGGUGCUCUUCUUCACAGUUGUAGGGAACGAAACCGAACCCCCCGACCAUCCCGUCGCCGCGAUGAUGUCCAAGGCGGCCUACGUCAUGCACGACCACAUCCGCCGCAGCUACUCCUACAUCACGGACCUCCACGCCCCCAACACCUUCCUCUGCCGUGGCCGCCUUUCCUUCCCGCAGGGCCUGACCGCCAUCGCGCUGUGGUUCUACCAGAAGACCCCGGCCGACCUCUACGCCCACGCCUACUUCGUCGAGCGCCAGGCCAACCCCGGCCAGCCCUCCCCGCAGAUGCACACCACCGAGGAGGUCCAGGGCGUCCUGAAGGUCAUGCAGGGCCUCCGCCAUAUGCGCGACGACCUCACCAAGCUCGACAACACCAUGGCCGUCGUGACCGAUUUCCUCGUCCCGGCGAAGGCGACCAUGCUCGUCUUCGACCCGCGCGAGGCGAACGCGGGCCCGCCGCCGCCCAGCCCCGAUCUCGCCCCGCCCCCGGAGGACGACGCGCGCGAGGGCCCUAAUCCUUUCGCCGACGGCUCCAGCCUCUACUCCUCCCACUUCUCCUCCACUCGGACGAUGGAGAAGAUCCACGAGGCCCCGGCGAAGCCCUCGCGGGUGCACUUCCCGGGCGCGACCGAGGCCGUCGCCAACGCCGCGGCGACCCAGGCCUACUUCCGCGACGUCCUCCAGGCCUACAAAAAGGAGCGCAUCGACGCCAUGCCGGACGGGAAUUUGAUGAUGAAGGAAAACAACGCGGAGGCGGAGGAGGGCCCGCGACGGUUGCGAAACGCCGUCGUGGGCUACCGCGAGCGGGAAGGGGGCCACACCAUUUUGUACAACCCCUGCGAGCUGAACGAGCGCACCUUCGCCGAGCUCAUCCUCCGACUCGAACGCGAGAAGCGUGUGGUGAAGACGAUCGUGGUGCCCACGCGGCAGACCUGGCGGGAUCUGCAGGUCUGGGCGGAUGCCUUUCCCGACGCCGCGAUUCUCGCCAGCGGGGGGAUCCCCAUCGCCCCCGCGGCGGAGGGCGAGGAGGGGAGGCCGCGGUCGGGGAAUAUUCCCCCCUCCCCCCGCUAUCGGGACGUCGGGAACGGCGUGAUGGGGAUCAUCUUUCCCGAGGUCGAUCUGGAGGCCGAGGAGCGCGAACGCGAGGCAGACGAAAGGACAAAGGGCCCCGGCGCCGCCUUCCCUGCGGAUCAACCUGGGUUUCCCGGCUUCCUCCACGGUGAGGACCCGGCGGAUGUCUUGUGGGAUCCCGACGCCUCCCAUCUCUUUUCAACGGUGGGGGGGAGUCCAGUCCCUCGCUACGGCCUUCGCGCGGAGGACGCGAAGAGGGUGCGGGAUCUGUCGAAGGAGGGGAUGCCGCCCUCCCUGAGCCUGACGCCGCGGAUUGAGCUCCUCCACGUCCCCGGGGAUGCCUACACGGGGGAGUACGUCCUCUACGACCACCACAGCCGCCACCUCGCCUGCGUGGAGCUCUUCCACGGCGGGUAUAGCGACUUCGACGCGCUGAACACGUGGCUGGUGCGGGUGUGGUUUAAGUUCAUGCGGCGUGGGAGCCAUAAGCGGAUCGACCUCGUCCCGCGGUUUAAAUGGCGCCAGGUGGGGCUGCAGGGGACGCUCGGGGUGCUGCAAGGGUGGCUGGACGAGCUCACCCGGCGGCGGGGGAUUCACGGCAUCGCCUACGCGCACGGGACGCCGCCGCUCGUAGACGAGGCGGCGAAUCGUCUGCGGGAGCAAUGGAACCUCCCCCCGCUGACAACGGAGGAGCUGCGCCGGGCGGAGGAGGCCGGGGCACCUCAUAGCAAUCCCGAUGCCAACACACAGCAAUAA